CAGCGAUGUAAACUGUGGCAGAAUGAAUAACAGACUAUAACUGCAUCAGAGGACCAGAGAUGUCUUCAGAGCAUGUAUUACUGGGGAUGAAACCAGAGUAGAGACUAGGACUAAGACCAUGACUGAAUCAGAGCCUGGAUGGGUCAGUAAGCUUUGGUUGUUGGGAGGUGAAGCAGGGACCACAGGGGAGGUAAGACCUCCUCUUUUUAUCCAAAGGGCCCAACAACGGUAGCUUGGUGGUGUUGGGAUUUGAACUCAUGACCUUCUGAUCAGUAGCCCAGUAGCCCAAUGCCUUGAUAUUGAUUGAUAAUUUGAAAUGUUCUCUAACCAACUCUGGGACCUUCCAGGAACAGGUGUAUUUAUAUUGAGAUCACUUUACCUGCACUCAGGUUGACUCCAUUCAACUAAUUAUGUGGUUGCAGCAACAGGGGUGAAUACUUUUGCUAACUAUAUUGACUUUUCCUGUCAUUUCAAUAAUUAUGAGAUUCUGGACAUAUAAUCCCAAUUCAGUUCAAGACUGUAACAUUACAAAAUGUAAGAAACGUUCAAGGGAGUGAAUACUAAAUAGUAGAAAGGAGUAGUAGAGUAGAAAGGAGACAAUUCUUUCUUUAAAAAGGAGUAAAUUCUGUAAAAACUACUCAUACUAACUCGAGUAACUCCUACUUCCCAACUCAGCCAGUGGAACUGCCUUCUAGUCAGAGGAUUAAAAAAAUUAUGAAAAUGAGGGUGUUUUUUCUUUUAAAUCAGAGUGAUUACUAAUCACAAAAGUGGGUUGUGGAAUUUUUUUCGAGGUGGUAGCCUGUAUAAAUUACUCGGAAAUUACUGAAAGAGCAAAGACUCAAGAGCUCAACGCAAUCAACAAGUCGACCCAUCCCUACGUGAGCACCCCGACCCGGCCACACCAUGCCCUCUCUGCUGCCCUAUCCUGGCUUGUUUCUGCUCGCACUGCUUCCCUUGGCCUCGCUCGGACUCUAUAGCGGAGACACGGAUUUCUACGAAACAUCUGGAAGCCAGCUGCAGAAUGAGGCGCACGCGCCGGACCACAAGUGGCUUUCCAUCGCCAGACAGAUGCGGAGAGACAUCGCGAGCGUCCGCGACGAGCAGUUGAAAAGGGACUUCGCAGACACAAGCAGCGAGUUCGCCAGUGUGAGGAUCCAGACGCCGCUCCUCAGCUCCUCAGACGGGUGUCUGCCCUCCGACUUCACCGCGCAUAAAUGUCUGCGGCGGAUCUACAAUGGUUUGCGGGUGUACCAAGCUUACCUGCCCUAUGUAGAGCGAGAGAACUUGACUGCAGCUCACAUGGUGGAUAUUAAAGUCGGGAUCACCAGAUUGUUGCAUUUAAUCAAAGAAACAGUAAAAGUAAAUGAUGAUAAAGUUCAUCCAUCCUCCUUGAAUGAGUUACCCGAUGAUUCGACGUGGACACGGAAGACAGUCACACACUCCAUUCUGCACAACUUCGCAGACUUCAUGACUGAUACGAGCAGGGCGAUUAAUUACAUGAAGAACAUAAAAGUAGGAAGAUGAGCGGAAGAUGAGUGAAGGAAGAUGAGUGGCUCUCAAAAGACGAGCAAUGAAAUGUCUGAUGUUUUGUUUAUUUUAUUUAUCUGGUCACAUAUUUAUUUAUUUAUCUGUCUAUUUAUUGCAGUUAUUUAAAAAAAGGGUUUAAUAUUUAAAAUUUAGAAGUUUAAUGUUUGAUAGUGAAGGGAAUUAAUACUCAGAGAGUGAAAAUUAGUGGAAAUCUGUACUUUUGUAAAUCAUGUGUACUGAAGAUAAUGGAUUGUGGUCUGAGUUACAUUAACUCACCUUGUAUGUGUUAUAUUAACACAUAUGUGCCUGUU